AUGGAUAAUUUCUCUGAUGACAAUUCGUGUGUGGAUGGCUAUCCCGGGGACAGAAGGGCAGUGUCCCCUUCCAAAGCUUUGCUGUCGUCCAAAGCCACGGCCUUUUCCAUAGCAGCACUGAUGGGACGAGAGGCGGAUGCUGACAAUACCCCUAAAGACGAUUCUCCUCAUGACAGAACUGAGGACUGUGGGGAAACUCAGAUUGCACCCCUAGAAAAAUUAGUGGAGACAGCUACUUCUGCAUCGCCAGUGCCGAAAUAUCCCCUCACUCCACCCAUCGAAGAUAAAAUAAAAUCUGAACCGAGCACGGAUAUUGACGAGGUCAGCACCAGUACUUCCCCCGCGUGCAGCAAGGAAAUGGCGGGAAUUCAGUGCUGUCUAGAAACCAAAGAUUUGUGGGACAAAUUUCACGAGCUGGGUACAGAGAUGAUCAUCACAAAGACCGGACGGCGUAUGUUCCCUACUCUGCGGGUAUCGUUCACGGGAGUUGACCCCGAGGUCAGGUAUAUGGUGCUAAUGGAUAUAGUUCCGGUUGACAACAAGCGUUACAGAUACGCCUACCACCGGUCAUCUUGGCUAGUAGCCGGAAAGGCUGACCCGCCCCUCCCGACCAGACUUUACAUGCAUCCAGACUCUCCCUUCACAGGAGAGCAACUACAAAAACAGACCGUCUCAUUUGAAAAACUGAAACUCACAAACAACAUGUUGGAUAAAAAUGGACAUAUUAUAUUGAACUCAAUGCAUAAAUACCAGCCGAGAAUUCACAUUGUAAGAAAGAAGGAGUCGAUAUCAAAUCAGACAUCCAUUACUAGUCUGGAUGCGGAGGAAUUCAAGACCUUCGUCUUCCCCGAGAGUGUGUUUAUCGGAGUUACUGCCUAUCAGAAUCAACUGAUUACCAAACUGAAGAUUGAUAGCAACCCGUUUGCAAAAGGAUUCCGGGAUUCGACAAGACUGACAGAGUUUGAAAGUCCAUCUGCCUCUGACCACGUCUUUCUUAAAUACAGAGAAAGUAUGGAGACGUUGAUCCAGCAGCAUACCUACGCCCGGUCACCUCUCCGGUCGUACACAGACGCUGAACUAGAGGAGUCACUCAAACAGCACCGGGAGUUUCUCGCCAAAGAAGAGACAGAAAAGCAAAACAUGCUACCUCAUCCACAUUUUCCAAUAUGGCGGCCUAUCCCUUCGUCAGUGAUGGGUUCUUCUGCCGGUGCUUCCUCCUACAUGCCUAAUGACAGUCGGUCACUGUACGCCCUCUAUGGUGGGUUAUUUGGACUCCAUAACUCCAGUUUUGUAUUUCCAACAGUAGCUUUUCAUCCGUUUGUUAGUGCCAAUAAUCUUCGGAUGAGAGAAUCCAUGCCAGGCAGUGUAUCAUAUUCAUCAUCUUCAGAAACCCCCGGACUUCCUUAUCCAGCAUCUAUGUACAGAUAUCAUCCAUAUUUAUCACCUGACAAAAUGGCACAAAAGAGUUCAGAUUCCUCGGUGGUGGACAGUUGUAGACCCUAG